AGAGUGAGAAAUAACCGAGAAGAACAAAUCAAAUCAAUAGAAAAAAAGUAUAAACAAAAUUCAAAACUAUUCAGUAUUGAUAUUUGUUUACAUUGAAAAAAAAAUUAACUUAAAAAAUAUAGUUUACACAAAAAAGAAAAACCAAAAAAAAAAUUGUUAGAGAUUUUUUCAGAGUAGUGAGAGGAAAAUGGCGCAGAUGCAGCGAGAAGAAGUAGAGUCCGUCACGACGGAGAAGAAAAGAUUAGACGGAGGCGGUGGAUCUUCCGGCGCUCAGGCAACGGCGUUCAAAUUCAACGCUCAAGCGCCGGAAUUUGUACCGCGAUCACAUACCACCGCACCAGCACCGCAGGUUUCUCCUGUCUCCGGUUACUUUUAUCCUUGUUUUCAUUACAACGGUGGUUGCAUAGGAGGAUGUGGCGGCGGAGUCUGCGGUGGUGGAGGGACCGGCGUUGGUACUCAGUCGUCGGAUUGGAUCUACGUGGGAGGAGGAGAUCCUACUGCUCAGCAUCAACAUGUUCAUGAUCCAGCGGCUGCGUUUUACAUUUCGAAUCCGGCGGUUCAGUUUCCGGCUAGUCAGAACUCGUCUUCUUCGUCGAAGAAUCUGCUUUCCGAUGAUCUCCGCCUUAAGAUCGUCAAACAGGUUGAGUACCAGUUUACGGACAUGAGUCUCCUAGCCAACGAGUCCAUUUCAAAGCAUAUAAGCAAAGACCCUGAAGGUUAUGUGCCCGUAUCCUAUAUCGCUUCGACCAAGAAGAUCAAGGCUUUAACGAGUAAUCACCACCUAGUUUCACUUGCUCUACGCUCCUCUUCAAAACUUGUUGUGAGUGAAGACGGCAAGAAAGUUAAGCGUACAAGUCAAUUUACUGAUAGAGACAGAGAGGAAUUGCAGGGCCGGACUGUCGUUGCAGAGAAUUUGCCAGAUGAUCAUUCUUACCAGAACCUUGAGAAGAUCUUUGGAGUUGUUGGAAACGUCAAAGCGAUUCGUAUAUGUCAUCCUCCAGAAUCCAACUCGUCUCGUCCAAAAGGCGAUUUCUUGAUGAGCAACAAAAUUCACGCCCUUAUCGAGUAUGACAACACUGUUAUCGCGGACAAAGCAGUAGAGAAGCUAAACGAUGAAAGAAACUGGAGGAAAGGGCUUCGUGUGAGGCUGCUUCUUAGAUGCUCGCCAAAAUCGGUGCUCAAGAACCGAAGAAACUUCGAUGGAAUCCUCAUCGAUGAUGAACUCCCUUCUUAUGAAUCAGGAGAAGACUCUCCGCGUCUCCAUUUAACCGAAUCACAGCUUGAUAACGAUGGUGAUGACAACAAUGUUGGUGGACUGUGGGGUAAAGGGAGAGGAAAAGGACGAGGACGAUCCCCAAGAAGCUACGCAGUAGGAGGAGGAGGACGUAGCUUCGGGAUUGGGCUCGGAGUCAGCCUCGGGAUACCCAGCCUGGGGUCACACGAAUCUUCGUCUCCUAAAACAGCAACAAAGGGACCAAGAAUGCCUGAUGGAACCAGAGGCUUCACCAUGGGACGUGGCAAACCUUCCAUCUCACUCUCACCUAACAAUCUCUAAAUAGUUACCCACCACAAGGACUGCUAUUUAUAAUUGAUUUAUUAUAAUAGAGGUAAAAGAUUUUAGAGUUAAUUAACCAAAUAAUACAUAUGGAUUGGUUUUCCUAAGAUGCAUUCAAAAGAAGCAAGGCACAUGACUUGGGAGAAGAUAGUGAAGGCACGGUGACGUUUUUUGAGGGUUCGUUUUAUAUAACUUUUUUCAUUUUUUGAGGCAAUUUCUUUUCUGUAUGUUUAAUAUGUUUUAUUUUUGUGAGAUUAUUAUUUGAAUAAUAAAGGGGUAAUUUAUAUAGCACAAGAAUUGC